UAUCAACGCAAGCACUUCGCAUGCAUCGCACGAUAGUACAGUACAUCGGAUUGUCUCGCAUGCUCACUCCAGUGGGCCCAGUAAAUAACUAUAAAGAGGAAGUCUAUUCUGUACUCGUGUUUUUUGAGAAUCCUGUUCGUGGAAAUUCUACUGGGUCUUUUCAGCCAUGUUCACGGAUUUAUAAUUCUUUAUAAACUGAGCUGAUCGAAGCGAAGUGUUUCAGUUGGGAUGCACUCUCUGUAGAAGCUCGUUAUCUUGGAAUACGUCUUCUUUCCAUGCCGUGCAUGUGAGAGCAAUUCUUCGACACACAUUUUCAGCGUGUGUGUCUGUGUGUGUUUACAUACCAUAUCGGAGAAGCGGGAUAGGCAUCUUUCUUUUUCCCCUCCUGUUCGCUCUCUCUGUCCGUCUCUCUCCAGGGAUAUUGGCCUGCUAAUCUAAUUCCUGGAAUCCUUCUGCAAGCUGACAUCUUACCUUUUUUCUUCGCUUGCCGAGUGCACUACAGUCCAGAGUACGAUUCAGCGUUCUUGGUGAACGCUGGCGCAGGCGCUACUGGAUCAAAUACUAUAGUACUAUUUCUUGACUAUUCUUUAGGAAUUACUAAAGACAUCAGUAUUACGUAUCUCCAUCGUCCAUUCCUGAGGACGAACAACGUUUAUAUUGCUCUUCUUCUUCGACUUGACACCAUUGCAGUAUUUCAUGGAAUGAUCGAUUGAAGCAACCUGUAUUGGUUCAGCUACGAUUUGGUGAUAUUGUGUUUGCAGCAGACGUGUUAUUUCUUCGUAUGCAAGCGUGGUAGCCACAUGCCGCCACACACCAUGAACCAUCAUGAAAACUGUCGGACUGCUCGACGGGGCACGCCGGCUACAUCAGCGGACCAGUUCCAGCUACCACCGGCUAGGCCGCGUACUACUCAACAAGAUUUGGAGAGACUGAUCAACACGUUAAACGUUCUCCAGAUUUCGGGCUGGUAUCAUGGUGCCAUGACAUUUCGUGAGGCCAAGCAAAAGUUGAAAGGCUGCUCAAACGGGACAUUUUUAGUCCGGGACAGUUCUGACGACCGUUACCUCUACGCGCUCAGCGUCAAGACACCGCGAGGGACAACAAGUGUCAGGAUUGAAUACGAAGAUGGAUUAUUUAUGCUCGACACCGAGGAAUGUCUCCGUAGAUCCGUGCCAAGCUUUGAUUGUGUCAUAAAACUUUUACAGUACUACAUUAGGAUGAGCAGGGAGAAAAAUUGUGUUGACGCCAAUGGGAACAGCUCGACCAUCAAACCGAAAACUAGGUCUGGACAUUUGGUAUGGCUUGAACGAUCAGGCCGUAAGGACACCGAAGCUCAAAUCAUAAAACCACUCACCUCCAACGUGCCCAGUCUACAACAUUUAUGUCGCUGUACAAUAAACAGGACUGUGGAACCAAGAUUUAUAAACGAUUUAAGCAUACCACGUACCUUAAAGAAAUACGUCCAGGAAUACCCAUACAGUCUAUGAUGUACGCUUUUUGUAGCCUAAUUUCAUUUGAUAUGGACUAAAUCAUGUUGUCUCGUAUGAUAAAGAGUUUUUAAAGACAGUGUAUUUUUGUUUUAGCAGACAUCUAACACCCACAAAAAAGGUUUGACAUGUUAGAUGACGGUACUAGAGAAACGCUAAGAGCAACGUGUGUAAUUUUCAUGAACUUCAUUCCAACUCUAAAGCUCCACUUGUUCACUAACUACAUUAACAGUGACGACUGAAAUAAGAAACUCAUCAUCCUGAGGUGAAAGGAAGCUGCUACUGCAUUGGGAGUGGAGAGCUUGACUGGAGGAAAAUCUAACCUAAGGCCUACAAAGCUCGUCCAAAUUAACUUAAAUUUCAUUCUCUUUCAAGAAACAGAUUGAAUACGUGCUUCAAAGAUGAACUGAUUUGAGAACGUCAUGGUAGCAGUUAUCAGACGUCUACCUCAUACUUUGUGAAGAAUAAUUACUUGGACUUUUUUUUAAAUCGUCUUACGGGAUGAGACAAUCCCAAAAGUUAAAAGAGAUGAGACAAUCCCAAAAGUCAAAAGAAUGGUCAAAAGAUUCUCCGAACCUCAGCCCACUCGAAAACAAAGGACCAUUUUCGCUCACUCCCUGAAUACUCCUUUAUUUUCCUUUGUCCAAACCGCGUCCUGCUUCGAAGUGUAUCACCGACCGUGUGGUAAUUUUCAUGGAAAACAACCCAAGCUUGAUUCAUGGUGGUUUUGUGUGGCACCCAUUGUCGAUAUUCAUUGUGGGGGAUGGCUUGACCACAACUUUACUGAGCACUGCUAUUCAAGAAAGCUAUAGGAAGUAACCACACACUGACCCUGUUCUUUCAUACUACGUGCUGUUUCUAAACGUUCUAUCUCAUUUUCGAUCUGUUCUGGCCCAAGUCGACCUAUUCAAUGGGAAGGGAAGGUUAUUCAUAAGGAAAACCCAUUUUGUUAUAUCCGGCGUUUGAGACAUUUACUUGCAUGUUAUUUCUAGACACACCAUUUCAUAUGUUUAAAUUGAAGAGUUCAUGCAGAGGGUAUCAUAGUCGCAUGCAACUCGCUUCAUGUUAUUGUUAAUAAAACGACAGUGUCCACGCUUGUUAGGUUUUUGUGAUUUUGUCCCUUUGAAGUAAAAUUUAAUUGGCCAGUAUCAUGACAAGGCUAUCACUAGUGUUUUGGCAGUCCGAUUAUUCCUUGUUAAUGAGUACAUGUAGGCAUAUAUAAAUUUGUUUCCUAAUUGUGUAACAGAAACGCGUAACAACGUGUUUCGUUAACUUGAAAUUGAACACAGUCCCUCUCCAAAUUUGACAGUAAUCUUUGCAAAGUAUCAUUUUUGGCAUGUUUAAUAUGGUCACCUUGGUUAUGUUAGUAGAUUUACACGAUAACUGCAAUGCCUAUAUUAUUGAUGAGAAGUUAUGAAAGGUCUCUGAUAUUUUCGAGUAUAAACUGAAAAUUAAGUGUGAUGAUUACUGAAUGAUACUGUGAUGGUUAACUAAUUUUACAACACUUUAAAACACUACAGAAGACAGUUACAAACCCUUUUUAAAAAUGGUGUAUCUUUAAAAGUGAUCAUAUGUCUUGUCUUUUAUUAGAAUUAAUUUUACUGUAUGACCAAUCACAAAAGUAAGAAGAAGAAUUAUACUUGCCUUUGCAAGUCCCUUUUUUCAGUAACAUUCAUUCUGUAAGAGGGAAAUAUAUGUGAGAAUUACAAAUAAUGUGGUUGAAUUCCAAUUGACGUUACUGAAUUGAAAUUCAUUACCAAGACUUCAUAUGGUUGAAAAUGUAUUUGUCAAAUUUUAAUCGAUUUUCAGUUAAUCUCCGACUUACAUGUACUUGUACUUCGCAUGGCGACUUUUUUGGAAUGGCAGAUCGGUAGGCCUAUUGAUUUGGGUUGCGUAAAGGUCGAUGCUUUGUUCAUUGGACUGGUAACACAACUACUUGCUAUUCGUAUCACCUAGUUUACGUCCAUCCAAUUUUAGUUAAAUUCUCGGUGAGCCCCGAGAUUAGGGUAGAAUAACAUGAAUUUCUUUUCAUGCUGGUGCUAAUUGGCCACUUCAAUUAGAAUUAGCUGACAAGUCAAACUCCAAAGAAGAUAAAAGCAAGAACCCCUUUUGACCACUACUAUUAUUCUCAUUGGUUGAUAUGGAUAGGUGUAGUAUGAGGUGGCACUUUUAUCCCCUUGUGAUGCACUUCAAAUUCUCCGAUAAGGGAGGCCUUUGCCCUAUUUUUAGUCCAGUCUACUUAUAUUUUCGAAGUUUUCCAAUGCCUCUUUCAAUUUAAAUUAAUAGUGCCCCGACAGUGCCACUACUCCAGUACACCUUUACACGAACUAGGCUUACGAAGUAGGCUUGCAAUAUGCACUGUGUACGAUUAAUUCUGUUUAUCCGUAGUACGCUAUUCAACCCUAAUGAUAAUAACCGGUUCCAGGAAUCAGUUGUUUGAUUAAAGAGAAAAGAUGAGAUAGGUAGUCGAAGGCUAUUAUUUAUUGCACCAACCUUUGUCAUAGAAAAAAAUCAGAUGUGUGUCUACUACAGUAAUAUGUCGUUGUACGUACGUGUAGGUGAACUGUGCAAAUACGGAUAGCAACGUACAAAUACACACAACACUAUUUCACGAAUUGAAUCGAUUCUGCAUUCGCCAUUAGGGUAAAACCUGCAGCCAUCGGUAUGCGAGGGGUCUAUGUAAAAUACCAAUGUAUGUAUUUCAUUGCAAUUUUGCCAAAUAAUUUCGCUGUUUCUUAGUAUAGAUAUUUAACAAAUAAACAAUUAAAUUGCCAUAUUUCCUUGCCAAAAAAGGAGGAACGUCUGUUAUACAUGUAUUUCAUUCUUCACGAGAUCAAACAAGACCUUCCUAUAGAAGGGAGAUAGCGUUUCAACUCCCAAUAUCUAACUCGACAAUGCUGCGUUGUUUUCAUAAAUCACCCCAAUUUUUAUUUUAAGCAUACAAACAUAUAGUAAUUCUUAUCAUUUCAUUCAUUUUUUUUUCAAUUUUCUAAAACGCUUUUACCGAGGCUGCAAUCCUAGUUUUGACUCUUGAUUGUAAUGUAAAUUCUCCUUUUUUAUGUGUGAUAUAAAUUAUAAAAUGUUAAUCUUCAGUAACAUUCCCUAAUACAACAUCAUCAUACAUUUGGAUAAUACUUAUGUAUUUUAUUUCGACCUACCAUUUUUUACUUGCAGAAAGGUGUUAACAGAUGGCUUUAAAAGCUUAAAGUGAGCAUAGUUUGUUUUAGAGAAAGUAUAUACAUGUACAUCAUGAUCCAAUGGAUGUAAGCAUUGAGAAUGAGAACACAAUUGCCUAGUUUGGGUAGCAAAAUGAAAAUGAUGAACCAAGAAAGGGCUGAAGGGCAAUUGAACUGAUUCAUUUUCAUCUCCCACCGCAUUUGCGGUCGUUUGCAGAAUAUUUCCCCAAUAUAAUAUUUUUAAUUUUUCGGAAAUCUUAUUUACUUGAAACCUGACAUUCUGUUUAAGUGUCACAUUCAAAUAAGAUACGCCUGUACAAUGUUGAGAUGAAUUCUCUUUUCUUUCGCGUUUCCAACUUGGUAUAUGAAUUUGAAAUUGAUUAAUUCUAGACAUUGAUUAGUGAUAACACGAUAAUAAUCAAUGAGUAUAUUUCACUAGUGUACUCUAAAAUUAGAUACCGACGAGGAACAAACACAAAUGAUAAAUUGGCCUAUCUGUACCUGAAUGAGAUAUGUCUGUCAAUGUGCUAUAAUAGGAGUGUGAACAAAAGUAUGGUUUAUUACAAGUAUAUGUCACUCUAAUAUAUACUAUAAAACGAUAAUAGAAUAUAUAAAUAUAUAUUGAACGUGCUUUCGAAAGCAGGUUCAGUUCUAAUUUUGUUACGAAAGCCUUCAAGUGCAAUAUGCUAUAUAUUUUGAAUACUUGUGUUUUGAUAUUUUUGUCUAUAUGUCAUCAUGCACUGUACAUGUAGAAAAUGAAAAAAAAAAUCUAUUGAAAUCUGA